CCAGCCCCUGCCCCCGGCCCUGACUCUGUGACUCUCUCCCCAGUGGACGUGACUCUGGAUCCAGACACGGCUAAUCCCAACCUCGUCCUGUCUGAGAAUCGGAAACGUGUGAGACACGGAGACAAACGCCAGGAUCUGCCCAACAACCCUGAGAGAUUUGAUCCUUGUGUCUUUGUCCUGGGCGCUGAGGGGUUCGCGGGCAGGAGGCGUUACUGGGAGGUGGAGGUGGGAGACAAGACUGGAUGGGUUCUGGGGGUUUGUAGGGAAUCUGUGAGCAGGAAGGGGAAUGUCACAUUCACACCUGGGAAUGGAUACUGGGUCGUGUGGCUGAGGGAUGGGGAAUACAAGGCCCUCACCUCCCGCCUGACCCCCCUUCCCAUAAGCGUCAGGCCCAGCCGGGUGGGGAUUUUCCUGGACUAUGAGGCGGGCGAGGUCUCAUUUUACAAUGUGACUGACAGGUCCCAUCUCUUCACUUUCACUGACACCUUCUCCGGGAAGCUCCGCCCUUUCUUCAGUCCUCAUCUCAAUGCUUCGGGUACAAACACGGCUCCCCUGAUAAUCUGCCCGGUCCCAGCUCAGGCCGGAGGGAAUCUCUGUCCCUGACAGUGACCCCGCGGCACAGACUGUCCCCUGGGAACCUCCAGCCCUCACCUUUCCCCAUUCCCUGCCCAGGGGUAGCAGAUGGGGGUGGAUGGGGGACAUUUACCCCUGUCAGAGUUUUCUACCCCUGUGAAAUCUCAAUAUAAAAUAUGAAAGAAAAAAGAUGAUUCUAAUUUAGAAAAUACAAGAAUAUUUUAAUUUACAUUUCAACAGUAUUUCAAAAACAAGCAUAUAAAUAUAUUUGUAGAAAUUGAAUUAUUUACAUUUUUUUAAUUUUUCCCUCAAAUCUAUAGUGAAGUUUAACUUCUCUAAACAACGUCAUUUGUAUUUCAAUUGUGGAAUUUCAAGAAAUCCAAAAUAUUUAUCUUAACACAAUAAACUACUAAAUUUUCAGACUGGGUUGUUCAGUUACAAUGUACAUGUGUCAUAAACAUCACAACUACACACAUGUGCAGCUGCUCUCUGUUCUCUCUCCCUCUCUUUUUAUUGUCUUGACUGGUUCUCUCUGGAAGGCAGGGCACAUGCACCCACCUCCUGCACUUCACCUGUAACAAUUAAUAGUUGAAAAAAUGAAUUAAUUAAGCAAUAUAUUUAAAUUAACUCACACAAGAUUAUAUAAUAAUCUUUGAACUUCUGUCAGCAUUAAUUCAUGAGAUUUUUAACUUUCUAUCUACAUAUAAUUGGUAAUCAAGAUAUGACCCUUCCUUUCUUUUUCUCACAUCAAUUAACAAAACACGGUCCCCAACCUCAAAUGCUAUCUUCCUAAAGAUAGAAAUCUCUUCUACAAUCUCCAUUUUUUAGUUUAUUUUUCUUUAGAAAUAUUAUUUGCAGGCAAUGUACUGUCAGUGUCCACUGUUGAUUUCAAUAUACUGCCGGGCUCUUCAUGUUCUUGGUUAUAAGGACACAACAAAUGUAGUUUGAUAAAGAAAAGAGAAGGGGUUGUAUUCCUUUACUGAAUCAUCACAAAUUAACUUAAUUGUAUUAAAGAUGCUGGCACUUAAUGACACAUAACAUGAAAUUUGGUGAAAUUUUAUUGGGAAACCUUUAUUCUCGGCCAUAAAUCAGUCAAAAGGGUGAUAUUUUUGUUGUCAUGUGUGGUUUAGAGUACAAAGAAAAUAAAGUUGCUACUGGAAAUUCAUCACAAUUCCUCUGGUUUCUGUCCACCACCUUCUGGAAUUCUCUGUAAAAAUAGUGACUGAUUGGUCUAAUUCCUUGAAAUAAGUGAUUGAGUCUAAUUUCUUGAAGAGCUAGCUGAACAGAGUAUGAGGGGAGGCACAUUGCAUGGCAUUGCUAAGACUACUUUUUGUUUUAAACGUAAUGUGGUAUGAACAUUUUCAAUGUAAUAAUUCAUUUUUGAAAAUGUAUUCACAAUUUGCCAUUCAUGACAGCUUGCCCUAAACUUACCUUGAUUAUUUGAAAAUAAAUACCCCAAAAUUAUCUUUUGAUGGAUUCAUUUAUGCUUUUUAUCCUGUCUGCUGGUGUCUAGGUGGCAUGGGCUGCUGAAGCUAUGAGUUCUUCCUAGUUUUUAACACAGGGAAAUUUUAAUCUAAAAAUAGAUAAUUUCCCCCUAAAAUUUCCUUCAGAAAUAUCUGCGUUCCUUUCCCUAUUUCUCACUGAAUUAUGUGUAAUUACUGUGGUUUCUUAUCCAAUCUUAUUGUAUUAUUACAUGGGGAAAUAUGUUGGCAAAUACUAAAAACCAUGUUGUAUAUUAACCUAUCUGACAAGACAUAAAAAUGUGUUGUCACUCACUAUUUACAGCAUGAAGUGUUAUGAAGCGAUUGCAGGCAAUGUUCAUUUUUAAAUUUCUAACUAUGAAUGGGCUCCUGCAUCAGUUCCUGCAGCCCCUGGCUGACAGACCUCUCUGUGAAUUAACCAACAUGCAGUCUGCCAGGGAACCUCCACCAAGUGUCUUUAUUACUUUUUAUGGUGCAUCACAACAUAGCAGCAGUUACGAGGAGCCCCCUUCCUGCUCCCUGAUUCAGACUUUUAUACUGCUGCUUUCUUCUCAGCGCUGAGCUAGUGACCAAAUCAGGCUCCCUACAGGUGCAAGUGAUCCCCUCUGCCCUUCCAAACCCAAACUACUCUAACUGCACCCGGUGCCCUGGGUGUUCUCAGUGACCAGGGUGCUGGCUUCCAAAGGGCUCCGUUUGUAGCUGCUAACAGCCCCCGUCACACGGCCAUGAUUGUGUAAUUGACCCUAUAGUGAAAAUAACACCAAAUGAAAACUGUUACCUCAUGAUUCAAUUCAGAACCUAAGUCUGCCAGUAUAUGCUCUGGACAACCAUAUUGAUAUAUAAUUUUACACGUCGUCUUCGCCACCUCAUGCGCUGUCAUAGAUCUAAGUGGAAAUUCUUCUACCUAUUUUGAAACAUCAUCUGUAGCUGUCAGUACAUACUGGUAUCGCUUCUGUGGGACUGGAUAGAGCCCGAUUCAAUCUGCUCCCAGCAAUUCCCAGGGUUUAACAACCUAUGUGCAAGAACACAGGCUAGAGUUAUCAUUUGGAUCUUUCCUGUGACAUUUUUGUUAUAAUCCCAUAUAUAGUAAGCAAAGUAAAUGUUAUAAUGUGGUUUCUAAAAUAGUUGAUGUCUCCACACAGUCAGAAUCUAACUUUUGGUGU